AUGUGCAACUCAAGUAAAUCAGUCGUAGUGCAAAGCUGUCUGCUGCUAUUUUUAUUAUACGGAUUUAUACUGAUUGACGGACAAGAAACUCAGUCCACACAGAAAAUUGCCUACCCCAACACAAAACUAUUUCAGGGAAAUAUUUACUACCCUAACACUGAGCUUCCACUAUACAGAACAUUUCAAGAUAAGAUAGAAAGUGUUUCUUCAACCACAACUUUUCCAAAUAUUUUUUUAGAGGCUGAUUACUCUUCCAAGAACCGCCUGAAUAGAUCGAGUUUUGGUGUACGCAGACAAACAGAUCACUUGGGCAGAAGAAUUCGGCUACCCCGUCGGAAAAAGCACUAAAAAUUUUGUCAC